AUGCCGGAUAGCUCUAAAGCAGACCAUCUCUGUGUUUUGGUUCACGGACUUUGGGGAAAUCCUUCGCAUCUCGAUUAUAUUGUAUCCGCGCUGAGAGACAGAUAUGGCAACGAUGGCCUUUACAUCCUCUGCCCGAAAGCAAACAGCGGCAACUACACCUAUGAUGGAAUCGAGUUGGGUGGAGAACGAUUAGUGCACGAGGUUGAGGAAACGCUUGAAUCCUUAGCUGAGAAAGGACAAAAGAUUACAAAAAUCAGUGUCGUUGGAUAUUCGCUUGGUGGUCUGCUCGCGCGCUAUGCGAUUGGUUUGCUCAAUGCACGGGGCUGGCUAGAUAAGCUGGAACCCAUGAACUUCACGACCUUUGCCACGCCACAUGUUGGAGUGAGAACCCCACUGAAAGGGUACAAGGAUCAGAUUUUCAAUGUACUAGGACCGAAGACGAUUUCGGCAUCUGGCCGUCAAAUGUGGCUGGUCGACUCCUUCCGAGAUACUGGGCGACCACUGCUCGGUAUUAUGGCUGAUCCCGAGAGCAUUUUCAUAACUGGACUGAAGAAGUUCCGGCAGCGGAGUGUUUAUGCGAAUAUUGUCAAUGACCGCUUAGUUUUAUUCUAUACAUCCGGUCUCUCUAAAGUGAACCCAUUCCGAGAUUUGGAAAAUGUGAAUAUCAACUACGUCGAGGGUUAUGAAGAUGUCAUUAUCGACCCCGACCUCCAUGUGCUUCCUCCAGUGGAAAGAAAACCCGAAACUGCAGCAGCGCGACUUUGGAAGAAAUUCAAAUCGGCUACCAUAUGGAUACCUCUAUCACUCCUGCUCAUUUUGCUCGUGCCUCUGGCUUCUACGCUCUUCUUGAUAAAUGCCGGGAUCCAAACAUUUCGCAGCUCAAAGCGCAUCCGUAUGCAUGAAGUUGGUGAAAACGGCGAGCGCUUCGGAAUAUACAGGGUACCGGUUUUGAUCCAAGACGUUCAGCAUGUCGUGGAGCAGGCCUUUGAGAACGUCAAUGCUAUACAAGAACCAGCUUAUUUGUCCAACAGCGAUACUGAAGUAUCUGAUGAAGCGCCUGAAAAGUCCACUAGAUCAUCCCUCUUGGAGUCUGCACAAAACGAUGCCGACGUUGAGUCUGUAUCGGCUAGACGUUCAUCAACGAUGGAGGUUUUGAUGCGUUCUCCCAAGCUUGCAUUAACCCAUGAGCAAUUUGGAAUAAUCGAUUCCCUCAACGCUGUGGGAAUUCGGAAAUACCCCGUCCACAUACAGAAGCACCACCACAGCCACGCAGCUAUCAUUGUCCGGAUGGAGAAAGAUGGGUUCCGAGAGGGAAAAAUCGUGAUGAAGCAUUGGCUAGACAAUGAGUUCGUGUUAUAA